AUGUUAAUUACUUAUGGUUCCAUAUUAAGGUUGCAAUUGUUCAAUUAUGAUUUACCCUGUGACAAUAGGAAUGGACACAUGUAUAAACUCAAACGUUUCUACGAGUUUCUAUGCCUAUUGACAGUCGAGCCCUAUCUGUUUGCCCUAAUGUUUGUGCUGUGCCUGAAGAAGGUGCCCACGGAUCAGCUCAUCCAAGACAAGAUAUGUCGGCACACGUAUGGUCUGGAGGCCCAGUACUGCUCCCGAUUGCCGCACAUGAUUAAGACUGAAGACUAUUUGGGCAUGAAAUCAAGGAUAUUGGCCGACUCCACCAGUUUCAACCUCUAUGCUAUACUGGUCGGGACACUGCCAGCGGUGGUCAUAUCUCUGUUCAUCGGCUCCUGGACUGACACCUAUGGCAAAGCCAAAAAAGUGGUGCUCAUCGCCAACGCCGUCACCUCUAUUCUCGAGGCCCUCAUACUUAUACUCAAUGAUUAUUUCAUUAACGCAUCAUCAAUGUUGCCACAUAUGUUGACCGGCGGAGUGUUGGCCCAAUUCACUGCCAUCUGGUCAUACAUCGCGUCCACAACACCUCCGCAUAUGCGGGCCAUCCGAAUGGCAUUCGCAGAGGUUGUGCUCGGAAUAGCCGUCCCAUUGGGCAUAUACAUGGGUGGUCUGGUACUCAACACAGGGACAGUGUUCACCGGUGCCGACCAUUUAUACAACUACUCGGGUGUGUUCGCCAUAAUAGCUGCCACUUAUUUAUUAGCCCUUUUGUGGACCGUAUAUAUGGUGGACGAGGAGAACGAUAUCAAACAGUGGAUCCAUUUGUUCAGCAAAGGGUCAGACACCGAGUCGGGCCCCGAUAUCCAGCAAACUUUCAUUAAAAAUAAAUUACAGACAUUUGAGGCAAACAAAGACAAAAAUCCUUUGAAAUUGUUGUUAAAUGUGAAUAAUGUUAAACAAAUGUUCGCCACGUGUGUGAAACGGCGGCCAAACUACGUGCGACUCCAGAUAUGGCUACUGUUCCUGUCGAUGGCCUGUUGUCUGAUCGCACACAUCGGGCCAAUGAUAUUCUACUAUCAGUUCUCACAGAAAGUGUACGCCUGGGACUCAAAGGUGUACAGCAAUGCCAACGCCAUCGCCAGCAUCGCCAUCACUUUGGGCACAAUGAUUAUCGCACCCAUACUGCUCAAGGUAUUCAAACUAAAAGACACGACAAUAUCAUUGGUAGGAUUGGUGUCAUAUUUUAUCAAAAACAUUGUGAGGGGUGUUGUGUUGACUUCCGGCGGGUUUUACUACUCGCUAAUACCCGGGUGUUUGGGAGGAUUGGCUACAGUAGGCAUUCGGUCCCACUUUUCAAAGAUCAUACAUUCGGAUGAAUUGGGAAAAGUGUUCAGCGCUUUGUCGGCCAUCGAUGCCUUCGCGCCCCUCAUAUCUGCCGCCGUCUUCACCGGUAUAUUCAACGCCACAAUGGAUUCAAUGCCCGGUCUGUCCCUUAUUGUGGUGGCGCUGAUCCUAAUCAUACCCUUUGCGAUUUAG